AUGCACACAGAGGCCGAAGCACAUGCACAACAGUCGGCGACGCACGUUCAGCAGAAAGCAGCGCAACAGGCAGAAGUGGAAGCACAGGGAGAAGCACCACCAUACGAAGUAGAUGUAUCAGAUGAUGGAGUGAAAGCAGAGGUAUCAGCACAACCACUUGCUGCUCCUCUUGAUGCGUCUGCUUCUCAUGCUUCUACAACUGCUCCUCCUCCUACUACCUCUGGUACUCUCCCUCCUGCGGCAAGUGCAGCCUCUCCUGCUGCCAGUGCUGCCCCAUCUACCUCUGCUUCUCCUCCUCCCUCACAACUCCCCAACACCCCUCCCCAACAAACCCCUCCCAAGCAUACUCCCUCCGAAGCUCGCCACCCCGCUCUCAAGGCUCUGGUUGACUUAUGGAAGGAGUUUGAAGUGCUCAUCAAGUCGUCGUCUACUGGCCCUGUAGCAGCAGAGAGGCUUGGAGGGGCGGCUAUAGCAGGACUUAUUGUGUUUCGCAUUUCCUGCCUACCUCUGUCCCAUUCUCGUUCCCAGGUCCGCCAUCCCGCACUGAAAGCGCUGGUGGAUUUCUGGAAGGAGUUUGAAGUGCCCAUCAAGUCGUCCAUAUUCAGCAUGGAUUUUCUCGUUCCAUAG